CGCAAAACAAUAAAUUUUAUAACAACGCUGAAAAUAAAUCAACAUUGAUGCUCACUCAAUAUUGAGGUUUAGUUAGCCUAUAUAUAUGCACACAUUGUACAGUACCAUAACAAACCAUGGGUGACAACAUAUGUGGGUUCUGUCACACUGGUGAGGAAAAUGUGAAAAUCUGUGGGCCCCUUCACAAGGAUGUUUCUGAUGGGAAAUCAAUUUGCGCUCAUCAUAAAUGCAUGCAAUAUUCAGCCUUGUUGGUUCAGUACAAGACAGAUGGGUUUGGCGGAUUUAAAAAGUCAGACGUGGCCAAGGAAAUUAGGAGGGGUGCCAAACUAUCCUGUGCCAUAUGCAAGAAUGACAAGUCCAAGAAGUACAAAAAAGGUGCCACCUCAGGCUGUGCUCUAGCAUCCUGCAAGAAGACAUUUCACUACUUGUGUGUGGCUAACAACCCCCAGACCAUGGCCAAGAGGUACAGAGUGGCAGCCGGGGACAAAGUCGUCAUUCUCUACAGAGUAUUCUGCUGUCAAAAGCAUGAACAGAAAUACAAAGAAACUCUCAGUGCGGACGACAUUGUUGGCAGAAACCAGUCUAGUGAUGAAGAAGACAACGGUGUAGGCAAAAGCAACUCCAAGAGCUCAGACUCUGAAGAUGAACCGGUCAGCAAAAAGCAGCGAGUCUCGGGCUCGAAGGAUUCUGAUCACGACUCAGAUAAACACAUUGAGACCUACAGCUCGCCCAUGACUGCUGCUGAAGUUAUCACCCACAGCUCGCCCAUGACUGCUGCUGAAGUUAUCACCCAAACACAAGAGCAGUACUCUGAGCUGCUGAGGAAAAAAAAGAAGGAAGACAAGGAAGAAAGUAUCUGCAAGACAUCUAGCAAUGACGAUGAGCUCACAGAGGACUUCAACUCCAGUAAUGAGCCAGUCAUCUCAGCAGGCUCCUCGGAUACUGAAGUAAUCACCAGCACCACCAUGGCUGGAGACAGGUAUAAUGUAGUGAUUCCAAGCAAACUAGAAGGGAUCGAUAUAAAGUCAUUGUGCGCGAAAGCAGGCUGUGUUGAGGAUUCAUAUCUUGUCUGGCCCAGAAAAAAUAUCAGUACUGGCCUGGCUUCUAAACACAUGCCAUAUGUCAUGUUUAACUUGGCCAGUAGGCUAAGCAAGCAAGACAGUGCAGGAAUAAGGAACGUGUUCGAAGAUACAAAUGUUUUUCAAUAUGACUCAAUGAUAUCCAUGCAUUCUUUACUUAUUGGUGACAACAUUUAUAAGCAGCUUUUUAGUCUUUGUGAUAAAGUCAACUGCAAGUAUGAAAGGGAAGUGUGUCGUCUUUUCCCUGACCCUGAUAAUGCAUACUGCUUAAUUCUUACCCUCACAUCAGCUUUCAUUGCACAACAUGAAAUUUGGAGUGCUGUAAAUGUGUUUCGUUGGACUUCCAGCACUGUGUUCUGCCAGCAUCCUCAAAAGAAAUCUCCAUCUACAAGUCCAAAUCAGGAAACUCAAAUUUUAUUGGAAUGGCUGAAGCCUCAGCUGAAAAAGAAGAGCUGUGAGCUCUCUUCAUACCCAGUGGAAACUACUCUGUGCCUCAAUAAGGCUCCUAAAAUUUCACCAGUUGCGAGAGAAAUUGAAUUUCAUCUGCAGACCGCAUCUCAAGGUCUAGCUACAGAUGUUGUGAAGGUGCUGAUUCUGCGCAAAGUUGACCGAAGUAUUGUACAGUUCAAGCCAUACAUGCGUGCAGUUCUUGAGAACUUCCUGACUGAGAAUCGGCAGCAUGAAUGUUUUUGUGUCAUAGAGGUGCUGCCCACAGAUGGAGUGGUGUUCCGCUCCGACGUCGUGCCGGCUUGUGCUCCACAAGGGGGACAACUUAAGGUUGAUGUUUACACUGCUUUCAAUCCCCAGGAAAGGCAACCCUCAUGUAUAGUUGUGCACAAACCUGGACCAUUACCAGAAUAAUCAGUCACUCAGCCGUGCAUGGUGCAGGUGAUGCCAGUACAAGCCUGGUAAAGCCUGUGGCCGAUCCUGAUCUCGAUAAUGGACUGUACCUGGAUGUGGAUGGCACACCUGUCUACUAGAGUCCCCCACACAUACAUUCGACUGCAUUGAAAUAUCGCAACUUUAAAUCAAAUUGCAGUCAUUUUCAAUGUCAUACAGCAUGAUGUCAAAUACAUUUGUUAUUUUUUAAGAUUAUUUGUUCUGAUUUGUCAUUAAAGAUUUUUUUAAUAUUGUGAGGCUUUUAAUUGUUAUAUAUCUCCUUUGAGGGUUAGUAUGUUAAAAGUGUCACAUUAUUGGAACUUAUACUUGAUAACAUUUUGUUUGCAAUGUUAGUACCUUAAAAACUUAUUUCAUGUUUCUUUUAUAGUGAUUGACCAUAUUUUGAAGUAGAGCUGAACUUUGUUACGGUACAUUUAGUUCAACUGAGUUAUAAAUAUAGAUUGUCAAAGUGUACAGCUUGUGAAAAGGAAUGCAUUUUCAAUGAAAGACUAAAUCAUGAAAGAUUUGAUAACAAACUUUACUAAGCGUUUACAUCAAAAACGCUAGGAACUACUUGCCAAAGGAACCAAUGCAAGCAGUUUGACCAAGCAAGCCCAAUUGUGUUUAUUAAAUGUUUAAAAGCAAAAACACAUUACAAGCCUACUUAUAUAAAUCAAUGAAUCUGAUCAAGCCCAAAUCAACAUGAGAAUUUCAGGGCUUAUGCUCAUUUCAAUAUUUGAGAUUCAACAAGAGAAUAACACAUUGAAUUAAUUUUUUGGAAGCAACUUUGACGUAUCAGUAUAUUCAAAUACAAAAAUGUAUCAAACAGUUGUAAAUAUUUCAUGUAUAAUGACAGUUAAGGAAACCUGUCGAGGACAACAUGCUGGUAAUUUGAAUGUAGAUAGUUCAAAAGAACACAGUUCAGCUUCAAUGUGUGUGCAUUCAUGUAUAUAAUUUAAUGUAUGUAAUGAUACUUGUGUUUGUUAAUAACCGUGCAACUGUAAUUAUUAUCCAAAUGCAUAAGGAUACAGAAAUUGUAGGCGUCAUUCUGUCUGUCUGUGUGUGCAUUUGUCAUUCAUAUGUGUGAAACUCUUGCAUUUUGCAUGUUAUUUUCUCCAAACUAUUUCAGCAUUAUAAUAUGCAAGAGCUACAGUCUAUAUUGCUAGGUUAUGAUUUGCAUGAUUUUUUAUGGAGCUAUUGCUAUUUGCUAAGCAUUUUAUAUAACAUCUUCUGUGCAUGCAAUUUUGACAGAGUACCAGUACUGGUAAUUAACUUGAUGUGCUUAAGGGCAUAUUUUCAAUGUUUUUUAUUGUGUUUUUAUGCUCCCCAUAUAUAUAUAUAUAUA